CGGUAAACGCUGUCGUUUGAGGAACAACACUUCUUUCCCGCCACUAGCCUCUUUCCAAUUGAGAAAAUCAAAAUUGUCAAAUUCAAAUCCCUAAAUCGCACAUCAAAGUAAGAAAAACCAAUCCCUUUCUGCAGAGAGAGAGGGGGAGAAACAGUGGACAUAGAGAGAGAGAGGGGAUCACUGCGCUGCGCGCACAAGAGUCAUGGACGCCAAGCAGGCUGGGUCUUCGCUCGAUUCUCUAAUGUCAUCGUUCAACGCUCGCAUCACAGAGAUUCAAGAACUUGUCAUUGCCCGAAACAUGUAUCCAGCGAGCAGCGUUACCGAUUUGUCCGCAGUGGACGCAGCAUUGAAAGCAAUGGAACUGCAGGUGCAGGCCAUAAAGGACAGGUUGCUCGAGGAGGCCAAGGCUAUUCCAAAAGCCAAAAAACUCAUUGACGCAUCAUUGCAACAGCAAAAGAAACUGCAGAAUAUGUCUUCAUAUGUUCCCUCAUAUCUGCCAGAGAGAAUGACAAUGUCAAACGUGGAUACUAAUAAAAGUUUGCUACCCGAAGCGUCCAGACAACAACCUGAUAGGGGGUUCUUGAAACAUGAGGACAAGCCUGAAGCAUUACCCAAGGAGAGAAAAGGUCGUGGCCCUCCACCGUUGUGGUACAUUACCAAAGUUGAGCUGGACUCCCUGUCCUCGUACAUGCGAGGAAGGCUCACAUUGGAGAAGGUUAAUGCUGCUAUUGGUGACAUUGCUGCAUACGCUGAAUCAAAUGCACAGCUUAUUUCAGCACCAAAGAAGAAGCUUGCUGAAAAUAUAUGGGAAAAGGCCUUGGAACUAAGAGAUAUUGCAAUGACAGAAUCGGUAAAGGGAAAAUACUUUUUCCUCGAAACAGAUAUUAAAGGACCAGCUCUAAAACUUGACAACACAGGAAAAGCAAUACUGACUGUCCUUCGUCACCUUGGCCGCAUAGCAGAGACACGAAUUGGUCAUCACCGGGUGAUCAUUCUUUUGAAACCUUAAUGAGUUGCCUUGCCACUCGAACUCAUUUCUUGUUUUUGUUAUUUUGAAAUAAAUUUGUACUGUAUAUUAGCUAGAUGAUCCUCAACUUGAAAGUGCAAAAUGAAAAUAUUCGAGGAAGAAAAUCCGAAUCU